AUGAAAGCAGUCCCUCGAACAGAUCCUGAACACGCGGUAUCAUGGCCCAUGCCGGUUGGACUGCAGAGCCCGAUUCUUCGACCGGUCCCAAUCAUACCAGCUUUCUCUCAGCAGGAUCGUAUUCCCGCUACAAGUGGGACAACAUCGGUCCUGCCACAGCCCGUUUGGGACUGCUGGUAUGAUGGAGACUUCGAAUUGGACUGCUUGCUGGAGUUCUAUCGCGAAAAUCACCAGCUCCGAGGACACUGGUCUUGUGAGGCUCUAGGGGGCCUCGAGGGCGGUUCUGUCAAUGCAGAAACCUGGGACUUGGGGAAACUGACCCGAAGACGGUGCCAUGGUGUCAUUCUCUGCAUCUUGUGCAAGAUUCCAAUUCGCCCGCAUAGUUCUCGGGUACGGAUCCAGAAACAACUUGGACCUUGUUCAAAAUGUGGCGCCGACUUGGUUCAUCGCACCUGUGGGGCCACUGCAAAUGUCUACGUCUUUGUGAAUGGCGUACACUUCAAACACCAAGGAUCGCACGAUCACGAUCGCCCUCCACGUCUCAAGCUUAGUGCUUCCGAGAGCAAAACCUUGCGAAAUCUUAUAUUGGAAAAUCCUACCUCUGGGCCACAGCAGCUGCUCGUUGGGCGCCCAACAAUUGAUGGCCCAGGAGAAUCUGUGGCGACAAUCUCUCCCCUUCUCCUCAAUUCUGAUCGCAUCAGCUACGAGCGGCGCAAAAUCAUAGAACGCACGGACAAGAACUCGAAUUUUGACCGGGAGAUCUCUAAAAUUGAGCGCACAUAUCCUGGCGUCAUCCAGUUCCUCCAGUGGGGCAAUCGAUUCAAGAUCAUCACUCUGCAGACGACUUUCAUGUCUUCGCUGCUCACCAAGCCCUUGAUCGACAGUGAGGCCGUGAACGGGUUUCUCUCUGACGCCACUCAUCGCUUCUGGAACAUGGACAAGUCGCUUUUGAUGAUCACUUCGGCGUUUGAGCCAACGCAUCUGAAAAGCUGGGUCCCCGUGCUCGUCAGCUUUAUUGAUGGAGGGACAGCUGAACAUUAUCGCGCACAUUUCUUACAGCUUUUCUUGGCAAUCAAGCGAGAGUGCGAGCGGCUAAGUCUUGUGGUCACAGAUGAACAUUUUGCAAAUGUUGUCGAUUUCAGUGCAGCUGAGCGAAAAGGAUUUAUUCUCGCCUUUGUGGACUUCUGGAUUGAAGACGAGAACGAUUCGAGAAGUGAAGACGACCUGAUUGAAAAGGCCGGAAAGCUGUUGAGAGGGUGUUUGCGCCACUUCGAGGCUCAGAUCACUCGUGUCAAGAAGAUAAGUGCGGUUGUCCACCCUUCCCGGAUCGAUUUAUUCGAAAACUUUGCCCGUCAAAUGCUCCGAUCAUCCAGUGCUUCCGAAUUCAUGGACACCACUGAGGAGUUCAAGAUCGCGUUUCCGGAUGCAAGCAAGUGGAUUGUGUCGCAGACAAUACCGCGCAGUGGAGAUACGACCAGUAGCGAUCACCUAUAA